UUAAUAUCUGAUGAAAUUAUCAAGACGUUGGUGCUGAUACUUACCAUUCCUAUCCAUGGCUUGACCGCCAUAACUGGAGUGAUCACAAACCUGCUCAGCAUGGUCAUCUUAUCUCGACUUGGACUCAAGAGCAGUGUGUCGGUUGGAGGAUUUGCUCUGUCUCUCACAGAUUUUAUUGUUACUUCUGUUCACGUAGCUAUCUUAUUUUGCUACAUAUUGAACUACGCCUACCCAGAAAGUGAAGUAGAUAUGCUAGUGCUGAGAAUAUUUGCAUUAGGCAAUGUUCGAUAUGCCAGCUUCUACAUCUCAAUGUGGAUCACCACGGUAAUCUCAGUCGAGCGGUGUUUCUGUGUUGUGUUCCCGUUCAAAGUCAAGCAAUUUUUUACUCUGUCUCGUUAUGUCUUUGCCAUAGUGGUCAUAUAUUGUGUCUAUAUCAGUCUAAUAUUACCAGUAUAUAUCCUUGUGAAAACGGAUUGGAUUGACUUAAUGUCAAUAGAAAAUAAUACAAAGUCAGUUAAAAGAAGAAUAUUGACUGUUGUGUUCAGUGAAGAAACGCACAACCUAGAGCAUAUUCUCAACACUAUUGGUGGAGUUGCUCUCUCUGUAACGUCUCAGACUGUACUCAUUGUUUGCACUGUCGGUCUGACUUAUACACUGAACCAAUCGUCCGAAAUUAGGCGC